ACCUACGUGAGGAUUCUUGUCGCUGCUGGUCAGAGACCCAGAACAUUUCCUCUUCUCCUGCCACAGAAGUGGUCCAGUACGAUCAGCAGCGGUACCACACGGUCGUUACUUACCAACACCUCCGCUGCGACCGGAAACGCAACCAGACGAUGUUACAGCGCUGUCUUAACGGUGAAACAAAAUGUACGCAAUGACCGAUUCGCUAAAAUUCCAACAUAUCAAGCAGACUGGAGGCUAACAGGAAGACCUGCCCGGUGGGCGCGGGCUGGAGGCGUCUUCGGCGGGGACAGGAAGAGUCUGACCUCGGCCUGCUGCCAUCACAUUCCCAACAGGAGCUUCAGCAACCGUGCGGGCGGAGCGGCGUUUGCUGGGGAGGACGGAGGAGACGGCGCCGGUUCCGGAGGAGAGGAGUCCGGCGGGGACGGGGGAGGACCUCACAACGGUCCGCAGAUGACGGCCCUCACGCCCAUGAUGGUGCCGGAGGUGUUCCCUCAUGUCCCGCUGAUCGCUGUCAGCAGGAACCCGGUGUUUCCCCGCUUCAUCAAAAUCAUAGAGGUGAAGAAUAAGGCCUUGAUGGAACUUUUAAGGAGGAAGGUUCGUCUGGCGCAGCCCUAUGGUGGAGUCUUCCUAAAAAGAGAUGACAAUAACGAGUCGGAUGUGGUGGAGUCUCUGGAUGCCAUCUAUCCUACAGGCACGUUUGUUCAGAUACACGAGAUGCAGGACCUGGGCGACAAGCUGAGAAUGAUUGUCAUGGGACAUCGCAGGAUCCGCAUCACAUGCCAGCUGGAGGUGGAAACUGAGGAGUCAAUGACAUCAUCCACGUUGUCAGAUUCCAAGGCAGAGAGUGAGUUGUAUAUCAAACCCCCAGCAAGGCGAAAAUCUAAACGCAGCCACAAGGACCCGGCUGCUCCGCUGGCAGAGCAGGUGGAGGACAAGAUCUUAGAAGCAGACCUAACGCCAGAGCUUCAAACUCUGUCCCCCUCAGAAAUUCUGAUGGUUGAGGUGGACAAUGUUCAACAUGAACAGUUUUCUGUCACAGAAGAAGUUAAGGCACUGACUGCAGAGAUAGUAAAGACCAUCCGUGACAUCAUCGCACUCAACCCUCUUUACAGGGAGUCAGUACUGCAGAUGAUGCAGGCAGGCCAGAGAGUGGUGGAUAACCCCAUCUAUUUGAGUGACAUGGGAGCGGCUCUGACAGGAGCAGAGUCCCACGAGUUACAGGACGUCCUGGAAGAGACAAAUAUCCCCAAGCGUUUGUACAAGGCGCUGUCUCUGUUGAAGAAGGAAUACGAGCUCAGUAAACUCCAGCAGCGCCUGGGACGAGAGGUGGAGGAGAAGAUCAAGCAGACCCACAGGAAGUACUUGUUACAGGAACAGCUCAAGAUCAUAAAGAAGGAGCUGGGUUUAGAGAAGGAGGACAAGGAAGCCAUUGAGGAGAAGUUCAGAGAGAGACUGAAAGAUAAAGCUGUUCCCCAUCACAUUCUGGACGUCAUCAAUGAAGAGCUGAACAAACUGGGGCUGCUGGAUAAUCAUUCUUCUGAGUUUAAUGUGACUCGUAACUAUCUGGACUGGUUGACCAGCAUGCCUUGGGGCACCAACAGUCAAGAGAACUUGACACUGGAAAGAGCAAAAGAAGUUCUGGAAGAAGACCACUACGGGAUGGAUGAUGUCAAGAAACGCAUCCUGGAGUUCAUUGCCGUCAGCCAGCUGCGGGGCUCUACCCAGGGGAAGAUCCUGUGUUUUUACGGCCCUCCUGGAGUAGGGAAGACCUCCAUAGCCCGCUCCAUCGCCAGAGCCCUCAACAGACAGUACUUCAGGUUCAGCGUAGGGGGCAUGACUGACGUGGCAGAGAUUAAAGGCCACAGGAGGACCUACGUAGGAGCAAUGCCCGGGAAGAUCAUCCAGUGUCUGAAGAAAACAAAGACGGAGAACCCACUUGUGCUUAUAGAUGAGGUGGAUAAGAUAGGCCGUGGUUACCAGGGGGACCCCUCCUCAGCACUGUUAGAACUUCUGGACCCUGAACAGAACGCCAACUUCCUUGACCACUACCUAGACGUACCCGUAGACCUAUCAAAGGUGCUGUUUAUCUGCACAGCCAACGUGGUUGACACCAUCCCAGAGCCUCUCCGGGACAGGAUGGAGAUGAUUAAUGUGUCUGGAUAUGUUGCCCAGGAAAAACUGGCCAUCGCUGAGCGUUACCUGGUACCUCAGCUGCGUUCUCUGUGUGGGCUGACUGGGGAGAAGACCUCCAUCUCUUCUGAAGCUCUCAAUUUGCUCAUCAGACAGUACUGCAGAGAGUCUGGAGUUAGGAACCUCCAGAAGCAAGUGGAAAAGGUUUUCCGUAAGGUAGCAUUCCAUAUUGUCAGUGGUGAAGACACUGCAGUAACCGUCACUCCUGAAAACUUGGAGAACUAUGUCGGUAAACCGUUGUUCUCAGUUGACCGCAUGUAUGAUGUCACACCGCCGGGAGUGGUUAUGGGAUUGGCGUGGACUGCCAUGGGUGGUUCUACUCUCUUCAUAGAGACAGUGUUGCGUCGUCCUGGUGGGACGUCAGGACAGAAUGAAGAGGGGUCACUAGAGGUCACAGGUCAGCUUGGUGAUGUCAUGAAAGAAAGCGCCAGAAUUGCAUCAACCUUCGCCAGAGCAUUUCUCAUGACCCUUGAACCCGAUAACAACUUCCUGGUCAACUCCCAUCUACACUUGCAUGUCCCUGAGGGGGCAACACCCAAAGAUGGACCAAGUGCUGGCUGCACCAUAGUUACAGCACUUCUGUCCCUAGCAACCAACCGGUCUGUGCGUCAGAAUGUAGCGAUGACAGGAGAGGUGUCACUGACGGGCAAGAUACUGCCAGUAGGGGGCAUCAAAGAGAAGACCAUCGCUGCUCGCCGUGCAGGAGUCACCUGCAUCAUCUUACCAGCUGAGAACAGGAAGGACUUCUCUGAACUGCAGGAUUAUAUCACAGAAGGACUAGAGGUCCAUUUUGUUGACCACUACAGUCAGAUAUACCCCAUCGUCUUCCCAUAAACUGCGUAUGUGACUGCUUUCUUUAACAGGGCCAAAGUGUGUGCUCCACAACAUGGCAGAGCAGGGAUGGAUUGUUUUUUAUUUGGUCUCCCUCCCAGAUCACAUCAUCAUGUUGCCAUCUUUGUUGUGUUGUCAUGGAUCUAAUUUCAAAUAAACUAUUUCUUGCAUUUGUA